AUGAUCCGCGGCGCCUGGAUGUACCCCCGCGGGGGCGCGGGCGGCGGGGCGGUGUGCUGCGCGCCGCGCCGCAGCGACAAGCCGGUGGCCGACCCCGAGCGGGCGCAGAAAUGGCGCCUCUCGCUGGCCUCGCUCCUCUUCUUCACCGUCCUCCUCUCCGACCAUCUGUGGCUCUGCGCCGGGGCCAAGCUGCGGGCGCGGGAGCGGAGCGGCGCCGGGCGGCCGCGGGGCCGCGGGCCGCGGGCCCUGCUGGCGGCCGAGCCGGCGGGCGGCAGCUGCGAGGCCCUGCUCGGCAACCUCAGCCGGGCCCCCGGCCCCGCCGGCCCCUGCCCCGCCGCCCGCGCCGGCGACCUGGACUCGGCCUGCGCCCGCCUGCACGCCCUGCAGCGGCCGCGGGGCUCCCCGGCCGGCGCGCCCCUCCGCUCGCCCCCCGCCGCCGCCCCCUUCUUCGCCUCUCCCUCCUCCAAGAGGACCUUCCUGCAGGCUUACUUUAGGAACUUCAACCUCUCCUUUUGUGAUACUUACACGAUCUGGGACCUGCUGCGGGAGAUGGCCGGCCCGGACGGCCUGGACUGCAGCGUGGACAACCUGAUGGUGGACUUGGUGGUGGCGGCGGCCGGGGCGCUGGGCGGCGAGGCCUGUAGCAGCUGCGUCCAGGCCUACCAGCGGCUGGACCAACACGCUCAGGAAAAAUACGAGGAGUUCGACCUCUUGCUGGAGAAGUACUUGCAGUCGGAAGAGUACUCGGUCAGAUCCUGCCUGACGGACUGCAAGGCUGUCUACAAGGCCUGGCUGUGCUCCGAGUAUUUCAACGUGACCCAGCAGCAGUGCCGGCAGCGGAUCCCAUGCAAGCAAUACUGCCUGGAGGUGCAGACCAGGUGCCCCUUUGUGUUACCGGACAAUGACGAGCUGAUCUAUGGAGGUUUGCCUGGCUUCAUCUGUACGGGGCUUCUGGAGAACCAGCUGCCCGACCAGGAGGCCAAGUGCUGCGAGGUGCAAUGGGACUCCUGCGACCACCCCCCAGACAGCAACGACGACUCAUCCCCCAAAUCCACGGCCUCAGAGUCGCUCCAUUUCCACCGCCACGACCCUCACCUCCAUCACCAGCGGCAGAACCACUACCACCUCUACCACCACCACCACCAGUACCACCAGUACCACCAGUACCACCAGCCCCGCUCCCCGUCCUUGCUGCCGGUCUCCGCGGGGUCUCGCCUGGGCAGCAGCAGGAUCAGGCUGUGCGUGCUGGUCCUGAUGCUUCUCCACACCAUGGUGUCCUUCUCGAGCGUGCAGGGCGGCGGCGGCGGCACGGCGCUGGGCCCGGAGGCCCUGCCCGCCAUGGAGGAGAGCAUGGCACGGGACGAGUGACGCGCAGGGGAGCGGCCGAGCUCCGAGGAGAACGCCAGAUCUUUCUUUUCCACUAAGGGGGGCACAUGCUAUUUCCUCCCAUGGGAGGCACGGGAUUGGGGGUGACACACACACACGCGCCCCAGCACGUCCCCCCGGGAGCUGCUCGCCGCGGGGCAUCCCCGCGAUGGAGAGUCUGACGCGCACAGGGCUGCCGCAGGCGCCUUUGAGAAGGGUUCGGGCAGCAGCAGCCGGGCAGGGCCCGGCCUCGCCAGGCGCCGGCGCGGGAAGUCACGGGAUGGGAUGCCUUGGGAGCCAGGGCCGCUGCCCGGGCUGCACGGGAGCGCGGAACGAGCCCGCUGGGCCGGGGCCGGCGGGGACACGGCGACGGCGGAAAAGCACACGGGAAGCGGCCGGAGGGACGGGUGCUGAGGAGACCCCCGCGGAAGGGGCCCCUGGCCUCCUGCCCUCCUCAUAGAUGCUGUUUCUAGGGGGUGAGAUGAGGCCUCUCAGCCCCUGAGCUGCCAGCGAGGGCCAGGCUGGGGGUCCCGGCACACCGUUGGGCUGGGCUGGGGGCUCCUGGCACACCAUGAGCCAGGCUGGGGGUCCCGGCACACCGUGGGCUGAGCUGGGGGCUCCUGGCACACCAUGAGCCAGGCUGGGGGUCUCGGCACACCGUGGGCUGAGCUGGGGGUCCCAGCACUCCAUGGGUCAUGCUGGGGGUCCUGGCACACUGUGGGCCAUGCUGGGGGGUCCCAGCACACCAUGGGCCAGGCUGAGGGGUCCCAGCACACCGUGGGCCAGGCUGGGGGGUCCCAGCACACCGUGGGCCAUGCUGGGGUUCCAGCACUCUGUGGGUCAUGUUGGGGGUCCCGGCACUUCAUGAGCCAUGCUGGUGGUCCUGGCACACCGUGGGCCAUGCUGGGGGUCCCAGCACACGGCGGGGCCCGGAGCAUCCCAGCAGGACGGUUUUGCCCGUGUGUCUGUGACCAGGCUGCUUGUGACCGAACCCUUCUCAAGUGCUUGUGAAAUGUCGGUGGUUACAGAGCUCAGACCUACACAACAAAGGUCCUUUUACAGUACGUGGUGGCGAGGUGAAGAAACAAAACCAACCAACCAACAAACCAUACUGCUGAAGUCAAAAUAUUCUUUCUAAUCCCCCUGCCCGGAUUCUCUUUCUUUCCAGCUUUCUCCCUCUGCCUCCCGGACCCUCCCUCUCUGUUCCCACCCCCCCUUCUGUUUCUCUUUCUCCCCUCUGUCAUAAGAAAGUGACUGUGUCCUCAAGGGGACAGUUUUCUUAUGCCAUUUUAUACACUGUGCUUCAUGUUUAGAACUUUUUUGCACUAGUUCCUAUUACAUUUAUUUUCCAAAAUGGUUUGACAGAAAACAAAGGAUUAAAAAAAAAAACCCAACAAAAACACAAACCCAUGCUAUAAUUCAGUUGUAUUAAAAUAUUAUCCUACUACUCUCUGUGUUCAAUAGUCUCUGUACCUGUAAUGCUUUCAGUUCUGUUGUACUUUGGGGCAGAGGUUUUCUCCGCUCCUUGUUUAACCCAGUAAAGAAAUAAAAUGUUAAGAAUUGAUGAUAA